ACUGUCUUUUUUCUUCCUUCACUUACUUAGCUAACUCCCAAUUAUGUCUGGACGCGGCAAACAAGGCGGUAAGGCUCGCGCCAAGGCCAAGACCCGCUCCUCCCGGGCCGGCCUGCAGUUCCCCGUGGGCCGUGUGCACCGUUUGCUUCGCAAAGGCAACUACGCGGAGAGGGUGGGCGCCGGCGCCCCGGUGUACCUGGCGGCUGUGCUGGAGUACCUGACGGCCGAGAUCCUGGAGCUGGCGGGCAACGCGGCGAGGGACAACAAGAAGACACGCAUCAUCCCGCGCCACCUACAGCUGGCCAUUCGGAACGAUGAGGAACUCAACAAGCUGCUGGGCCGUGUGACCAUCGCCCAGGGCGGCGUUCUGCCCAACAUCCAAGCGGUGCUGCUGCCCAAGAAGACUGAGAGCCACCACAAGGCCAAGGGCAAAUAAGCUGUUAAUUGUCACAGCCCACAGGAAGGUUCUCCAAAACAAAGGCUCUUUUCAGAGCCACC